GAGGUUGCAGCAUAACAACAGCCCCCCUAAGCCCCCACAAUUCUGCCUCAAAACUAUUAGUAAGCCCAAUCCGUUUGCUAAAACCAUUAACCCACCGGCCCCUAUCAUCUCUAACAACGCCUCCAAACCCAGCCAGCCCAAUAUCACCAUUUUAAGCUCCAUCUGUGUUGAGUUUCUUCCAGCCUUGCGGUGGCCUCUCCCAACGUAUUCUCUUGACCAGAGUUUCAAUUAUCGGCUUCUAUUCGUUUUUCUCAGUCAUCUCUCUCUGCCACAGUUUCAGAAUAUCUCUAUGAAUUCAAGAUCAAAGCUUUUCAAAGCCAAUUUUCUGCAUGGGAAAGUUUCCAUUUUCACGAGAAACAAACAGAGUUCCAGGCCUUUUUGCUCUCCAGACUCCACUGCAACAACCCCAACCUCACAAUCUCUCAAGAUCCCAUCUCUCUCAGAGCUCAUAUCAAAGCAACACUGGUCAGAGCUGAAGACCCAUCUCAAACUCAACCCCACAAGCUCCACCACACUUCUCCAUCACUUGCUCAGCUCAGAGGCUGACCCAGAGCUCACUCUCAGGUACUUCAACUGGUCCCAGAAAGAUUUCAGACUCUCACACCCUCUCGAGCUCUCUUUUAGACUCUUGCACUCACUUGCCAAUGCCAAAAAGUACUCAAAGAUGAGAGCUUUAUUAGAUAGUUUUGUUAAAGUUGAGAACUUUCAUUCCAAUUCUUUGAUUUUACAUAUGGUUUCAAUGAGUGGCAAUAGUUUUUGUGCUAAUUCAAUGAUAGUUGAUAUGUUAGUGUUAGCAUAUGUGAGAAAUAGGAAGACCCGUUUGGGGUUGGAGGUGUUUAAGAGAGCUGGGGAUUAUGGGUUUAGGUUGUCUGUGUUUUCAUGUAAUCCAUUGUUAAGUGGUUUGGUGAAGGAGAGUGCAAUUGGGGAUGUGGAAUAUGUGUAUAAGGAGAUUAGGAGGAGGAAGAUUGAGCCUGAUGUGAUUACAUUUAAUGUUGUGGUUAAUGGGUUGUGUAAGGUUGGGAAGUUGAAUAAGGCUGGGGAUGUUAUUGAGGACAUGAAGGCGUGGGGGUUUUUGCCAAAUGUGGUUACGUAUAAUACUCUCAUUGAUGGGUAUUGCAAGAUGGGUAGGGUAGGAAAAAUGUAUAAGGCUGAAUCCAUUUUGAAGGACAUGGUGGCGAAUCAAGUUUGCCCGAAUGAGGUGACUUAUAAUAUUUUGAUUGACGGGUUUUGUAAGGAUGAGAAUGUGUCAGCUGCAAAAAAGGUGUUUGAGGAAAUGCAAAGGCAGGGUUUAAGAGCCAAUAUGAUCACGUAUAAUUCAUUGAUUAAUGGCCUGUGUUGUGAUGGGCAGCUUGAUGAGGCUAUUAGUUUGCGGAAUGAAAUGUUGGGCUUGGGUGUGAAGCCGAAUGUUGUUACUUUUAAUGUGCUUAUAAAUGGGUUUUGUAAGAAGAAAAUGAUUAAGGAAGCUAGAGAGUUGUUUGAUGAUAUAAAGAAACAAGGGUUAGCUCCUAAUGCUAUAUCGUAUAAUACAUUGAUUGAUGCUUGUUGUAAGAAUGGGAUAAUGGAGGAAGCCAUUGUGCUGCAAAGUUCAAUGUUAAAGAAGGGGAUUUUCCCUAAUGUUUCGACCUAUAAUUGCUUAAUUGCAGGUUUGUGUAGAAAGGGGGAUAUAGAAGCAGCCAGGAAACUUAUAACUGAUAUGGAGGGUAAGGGAUUGAGAGCUGAUCUUGUAACAUAUAAUAUAAUUAUAGAUGCACUUUGCAAGGAAGGGGAAUCAAGAAAGGCAGCAAGGCUCUUGAAUGAGAUAUUUAAGAUGGGUUUGAGCCCAAGUCACGUGACAUACAAUACUUUGAUGGAUGGCUAUUGUAUGGAAGGUAACCUCAAGGCAGCAGUGAAUGUAAAAACACGGAUGAAGAAGGAAGGGAGGCAGGCAAAUGUGGUAACCUACAACGUGUUGAUUAAAGGUUUUUGUAAGAAGGGCAAGCUGGAAGAUGCAAACAGGCUUCUUAAUGAGAUGCUAGAAAGAGGUUUGAACCCAAAUCGGACUACUUAUGAAGUAGUAAGAGAGGAAAUGAUGGAGAAAGGUUUUGUUCCAGAUAUAGAAGGGCAUCUAUAUAAUGUCUCUGUUGGCACCUGAACAUUGAAAUGACAAAUGAAUUGUUAUCACCGUGACUGAUGUAUCAUGGGGCACACUGGUACAACAAAAUGGUAGAAUGCAACCUCACUGUCACAAGUUAUACAUGUCUAAAUUAUAUGUUAAGAUUGUUGCAGUUUUAGAAGACUAGACCACAGUACAUGUGCCUGUCCAAUUCAGUUUAUAGCUGAAAAAUGCCGCCACUUGUUUGGGGAAGAGGCUUCAUCCCUAAGUGGGAAGUUUACAUUCUUGAACUGUUUAGACGGGGGCUCUGGAACUGUAGUAUGUGGUGUGAAAGAGGGUGUGAAGCUGUACUUCUAGAACAUUUGAGCUGCUCAUGUUGAAAAAGCAAGGCAUAUUGCAAUUGAGAAUGCCUUAGUUUAUGCAUUGUCACAGGGGAUGGCAGCUAAAGAUGCAGCCAUAAAAGCACAGAAAGAAGGGGCAAAGUUUGCAAAGUUUGCAACCUGGAAAGCCAAGCACAUUAUAGGCCCUAUUAUCUCCUCUGGAUGGGACUUUUUUUGAAGCAAUAUACUAUGGUGGUACCAUGACAGAAGGGUUCCUCAGAGGCACUGGGACAUCGUUUGACCUGCAUGCUGGUGGUUUCUUUGGAGAGCAAAGGUUUGGGAGGUUUGGCUAUCUUGUGGGAAGUCAAUUGGGCAGUUGAGUUGGAGGUAGGAUUGGACUAUGGUAUAUGAUAUGGCUAAUGGAGUGCAUUACUUGGUUCAGUUUGUUCAAACUGCAGAAAGUGCUCUUCGUGAAACACCGGCCUAUGAAAAAUUUGAAGCUUCUGAGGACAUAACUAUUUAUGAGGCUCCUUCUGUCCUUCGUACAUGAGUUCUGAGGCAUCUGAAGAUUCCAAUGCUUAUGAAACUCUUGCUUAUGAGAGCUUUGAAUCAUAUGAAGAUUCUGAAUUGAGGUGCUUUCCAUUGGUGAAUUUGCUAGCGAUCAAGAAUGAACAAGCAGAAGUUCAUAAAGAAUCUGAGAAAUGAUGAUGUCAGCUGGUUGCAAACUUGAUCAGUGAGAUGAGCAGGGACCAAAUGGCAAUAUACAGUGCUAUGUCAAUCAUAUGUAGAGCAUCAUUUGCUUGUGGCUCAGAAGAAGUUCGAGUUAACAAACAAGGUUGCCAUCUAUAAAAGUAUAAAUUGCCCAAUCUGAAGGAUGAUAUUGGUUAACCAUUUAUAGUACCAAAGAUUAUGAUCCGCUUCUGAAUGUUGGUCUGCUUCCUCUUCCAACCUAUCAUGCUUCAUAAACUUUGGUAGACUAUAGUUAAUAGCUGUGGACAUUCCCUACCCCAUUUGAUCCUUUGUCGAAUGCUGGAAGGCUUUUAUGCCAAUCACAA